UAUUAACGGUCUGUUGUGUACUUCCUCAUUCUUCGUUUCAUUAAAACUUACUUGACUUAAAUGCAGCAGAUUGACUUGUGUUCGGCACCUUCUGAUAUUCUUCAAACCUUCAGAGACCGUUUUCCUUCAGGUUGACAACCCUAUUGGAUUUUUGCAGGAAGCCACGAUGACACCAGAGGACCUUUUGAAGACUCUGGAGGAUUUAACAGCCGAUGAAUUCAGGGACUUCAAAUGGUAUCUGCGGCAUCCUGACAUCCUGGAAGGGUACCAAACCAUCAAAGUGUCCAAACUAGAGACAGCAGAAAGGCGGGACACAGUGGAUCUGAUGGUGAACAACUAUACACUUCCCAGAGCUCUGAUGGUGACCAGAAAGGUUUUAGAGAAGAUAAACAGGAACAAUCUGGUGCAGAGUCUGUCAGGCACCAGCUCAGGACCAGAAGGAUCAGUGAAUGUCAAUGAUGUUGGAGAGACGUCACAGAACAGAGUACCUUCCUCCACUCAGAGUGAAAGUAAAGCUUCUGUAUUCUCAGAUGAGAUUAUUCCAGUACCAACGCCACACCCCAUCUCAUAUUACCAACACUUGCUUCAGUCAAACCUCCAGAAUAAAUUUAUGUGUGCACAAGAGGGGUGGAUGGAGAAGAAGGAUGAGCAACCUCUGGUCGAUAUCUACACAGAACUGUACAUCACAGCUGGAGGUGACAUACACAUCAACACACAGCAUGAGGUCAGACAGAUUGAGGCAGUGGGGAAGUCAUCAGAAACAGAGACACCAAUUAAACCCAGUGACAUAUUCAAACCCCCCUCUGGAAAAACAAGAGCCAUAAGAGCAGUGCUGACCAGGGGAUUUGCAGGAAUUGGCAAAACGUUUCUUGUGGGCAAGUUUGUGUUGGACUGGUCUGAAGGAAGAGCCAAUCAAGAUGUGCAUCUCAUAUUCCCCUUCAGCUUCCGCCAGAUGAAUUUAUGGAAGGGAGAAAAGUUCUGUUUGGCAGAGCUCAUUCAUAAAAGUAUCAGGGAGACCAAAGACAUCCCAGAAGAAGCUCUGAAUCACAUCUUUACAACUUUGCAGUCAUCAGGAAACACCAACUAUGACAGAAGUAAAUUCAAACUUCUAUUUGUUUUGGAUGGACUGGAUGAGAGCCGCCUUCAACUGGACUGCUCUACCAGUAAAACCCAGAACACAGACUUUGAUGUGACAAAGUCGACCUCAGUGGAUACGCUGCUGAAGAACCUCAUCAGAGGUAAUCUGCUUCCCUCUGCUCGCCUUUGGAUAACCACACGACCUGCAGCAGCCAAUCAGAUCCAUUCUGAUUUUAUUGACAUAGUGACAGAGGUCAGAGGGUUCACUGACCCACAGAAGGAGGAGUACUUCAGGAAGAGGUUCACAGAUGAGGAGCAGGCCAGCAGAAUUAUCUCCCAUAUCAAGACAUCAAGAAGCCUCCACAUCAUGUGCCACAUCCCAGUCUUCUGCUGGAUCACUACUAUAGUUCUGGAGGGUGUGUUGAAGACCAGAGAGGGAGGAGAGCUGCCCGAGACCCUGACUGAGAUGUAUGUAGAAUUCCUGGUGUUUCAGAUUCAUCAGACAAAAGAGAAGUAUGACCAAGAACAGUGUGUUCAGUACAUUAAGUCAUUAGCUGAACUGGCUUUCCACCAGCUGGAAAAGGGCAACCUGAUCUUCUACGAGAAAGAUCUGAAAGAGAGCGGCAUUGAUGUCAGUGGAGCCUCAGUGUGCUCAGGAGUGUUCACAGAGAUCUUUAAAGAGGAACAUGGGAAGAAGACUGAUGAAGACAAGAUGUUUAGCUUCGUCCAUCUGAGUGUUCAGGAGUUUUUGGCAGCUUUAUAUGUGGAGAUGUCGCUCAUCAACAAAAACAAGAAUGUGAUGUCUGAGCCAGCGCAAACUGUUGGCGAACAUGUUCGAAUGGUUUUCAGCAAAACAUCAGUGACAGCAGUCCACAGGUUUGCUGUUGACAAGGCCUUAGAGAGUCCAAAUGGAUACCUGGACUUGUUCCUCCGCUUCCUCCUGGGUCUCUCUCUGCCAACAAAUCAGACCAAACUCCCUCAGGGCCUACUGAAAGAAACAAGAAGCUCACAGACCAAUCAAAAAACAGUCAAGUACAUCAAGAAGAAGAUCAGUAAGAAUAUGUCUCCAGAGAGAACCAUCAAUCUGUUCCACUGUCUGAAUGAACUGAAUGAUCGUUCUCUAGUGGAGGAGAUCCAACAGUACCUGAGUUCGGGAAGUCUCUCCACAGAUGAACUGUCUCCUGCUCAGUGGUCAGCUCUGGUCUUCAUCUUACUGUCAUCAGAAACAGAUCUGGAUGUGUUUGACCUGAAGAAAUACUCUGCUUCAGAGGAGGCUCUUCUGAGGCUGCUGCCAGUGGUCAAAGCCUCCAACAAAGCUCUGCUGAGUGGCUGUAAUCUGUCAGAGAGAAGCUGUGAAGCUCUGUCCUCAGUUCUCAGCUCCCAGUCCUCUAGUCUGAGGGAGCUGGACCUGAGUGACAACAAACUGCAGGAUUCAGGACUUAAUCUGUUUUCUGCUGGACUGAAGAAUUCAAGCUGUAGACUGGAAAGACUAAGAUUAAAUCAAACCAGGCUCACAGAGAAAUGCUGUCAAGAGUUCUCAGCAGUUCUCAGCUCCCAGUCCUCUAGUCUGAGAGAGCUGGACCUGAGUGACAACAACCUGCAGGAUUCAGGAGUGAACCUGCUCUCUAAAGGACUAAAGAAUCCACACUGUAGACUGGAGACUCUCAGGUUAAAUGAAACCAGUCUCACUAAGAUAAGCUGCCAGGAGUUCUCCUCAGUUCUCAGCUCCCAAUCCUUUUGUCUGAGAGAGCUGGACCUGAGUAACAACAACCUGCAAGAUUCAGGAGUGAAGCUGCUCUCUGCUGGACUUGGGAGUCCACACUGUACACUGGAGACUCUCAGGCUGAGUAGCUGUAAUCUGUCAGAGAGAAGCUGUGAAGCUCUGUCCUCAGUUCUCAGCUCCCAGUCCUCUAGUCUGAGAGAGCUGGACCUGAGUAACAACAACCUGCAGGAUUCAGGAGUGAAGCUGCUCUCUACUGGACUCGAGAGUCCACACUGUACACUGGAGACACUCAGACUGUCAGGCUGUAUGACCUCAGAGGAAGGCUGUACUUCUCUGGCCUCAGCUCUGAGAUCCAACCCCUCCCAUCUGAGAGAGCUGGACCUGAGCUACAACCAUCCAGGAGACUCAGGAGUGAAGCUGCUGACUGCUGGACUGGACGAUCCACACUGGAGACUGGACACUCUCAGGGUGGAACACGGUGGAGAGCAGAGGCUGAAACCUGGUCUGAGGAAGUAUUCCUGUGAACUCACAGUGGACACAAACACAGUGAACAGAAACAUCAAACUGUCUGACAACAACAGGAAGGUGACAAUAGUGAAAGAGGAGCAGCCAUAUCCUGAUCAUCCAGAGAGAUUUGACUAUUGGUUUCAGCUGCUGUGUAGAAAUUGUCUCACUGGUCGCUGUUACUGGGAGGUCGAGUGGAGAGGAAGAGUUCACGUAUCAGUGAGUUACAGAGGAAUCAGAAGGAAAGCAAACAGUGCUGACUGCUGGUUUGGACGGAAUAAUCAGUCCUGGAGUCUGCUCUGCUCUGAUGUUGGUUGUUACUAUGUCAGGCAUAAUAGGACAAAGACAGACAUCCCUGCCUCCUCCUCCUCCUCCUCCUCCUCCUCCUCCUCCUCCUCCUCCUCUUCCUCUGUCUGUAACAGAGUAGCAGUGUAUGUGGACUGUCCUGCUGGCACUCUGUCCUUCUACAGAGUCUUGUCUGACACACUGAUCCACCUCCACACCUUCAACACCACAUUCACUGAACCUCUUUAUCCUGGGUUUGGGUUUGGGAUAUUCUCAUAUGGAUCCUCAGUGUCUCUGUGUUCACUGUAGGAGGAAGAGUCUCUGCUGACAAACAACACAUGCACAUUCACAAACUGUCUGUUUUUCCUCUCUGUUGAAUGUGCUGCAUGGCCUUGAUUUUAAACGCGACAAGUUAUGAAGAUGUUUUAGAUUUUCUUUUUAUUUCUUUCACACAAAAAUUUUGUAGAAAUAUGAUUUCAUACUGGUUAUCAUUAAUGUCAUUGAUCAUUAAAGGCUGAGACAUUG